AUCCGAUCUGUCACUCGUUUACAUGUGAAGGGGGGAAGUUGCGAAAAAACAAACGGUGAAGGAGGUCGAAGCUACGCUCCUCUGCGGCUCCAGCGGCUCCUGCGGCUCGGGCUUCUCUUUAGCGUUGGUCUGUAGCUCACCCGGCUCCCCGAAAACCGUCCUGCUCAUCUGGAAACCAAGCCAAGCAGAUUCAUCAGUUUGGAAGCCGCCUUCAGUCCAGAGCAGGUGACUGGCGUCUGGGUCAUGGCAGGAAGAGGUGGAGCUACGAGACCCAAUGGGCUGAACGCAGCCAGCAACAAAAUCUGUCAGUUCAAACUCGUCCUGCUCGGAGAGUCCGCAGUGGGCAAAUCCAGCCUGGUCCUCCGCUUCGUCAAAGGCCAGUUUCAUGAGUUUCAGGAGAGCACGAUAGGAGCUGCCUUCCUGACGCAGACAGUAUGUUUGGACGACACGACAGUGAAGUUUGAAAUCUGGGACACAGCUGGUCAGGAACGCUACCACAGUUUGGCUCCCAUGUAUUACAGAGGAGCGCAGGCUGCCAUAGUCGUGUACGACAUCACGAACGAAGAAUCAUUUGCACGUGCAAAGAACUGGGUUAAAGAACUUCAGAGGCAAGCCAGUCCCAAUAUUGUAAUCGCUUUGGCUGGAAACAAGGCCGACCUUGCAAACAAGAGAGCACUGGACUUCCAGGAUGCACAGUCUUACGCAGACGACAACAGUCUGCUUUUUAUGGAAACAUCAGCGAAGACGUCAAUGAACGUGAAUGAGAUAUUUAUGGCUAUUGCAAAGAAACUACCCAAGAAUGAGCCACAGUCUGCCGGAGCAACCACGGGCCGCAACCGAGGAGUGGACCUUGAGACUGCCCAGCCUGCCAAAGGGCCCUGCUGCAGCAACUAACCACCAACACACCAACGCACACCUCACUUCCCAACUAACUCUGCAUCACUUCUGGACAUGGGGCGCUUCCUUCCAAACCUCGCUCCUGGAACUGCUAAAGACUCUGUAUAGCUACGUUUCUAAUACCUUUUUUUUGUUUUUCUUUUCUUUUUUUAUUUUUUAAGAAAAUAUAUGUACUUCAGUAUAAUGGAUGCAUGUAUCACUACAAAGCCUAAGUACACAUUUUUAACUUGGCAGGAAAGUUAACAAGAUUGAACACGAGAGCCAGAGUGCUGUGUGUGUGUGUGUGUGUGUGUGUGUGUGUGUGUGUGUGUGUGUGUGUGUGUGGUUUAGUGUUAGGAAGUGAUUAAGGCUGUGGAGGCACAGGAAUCUGACCCCGCUAAGGAUGGGUCAUAUUAAUGCUUGCUUUGGAGCGGCCAUGGGCUGCUAGUGUUAGCCACGUGGUCCAGUGUGAGUGCCAUAGUGGGGGAAGACGCAGAAAUCAGCUGCCCCGUGGAGGCCUGACCAAGAAUGGCUGUAUCAUAAACAUGACGUUCACCUGUACAAAUUAUACAGAGAAGCUGAUGCUCGUUAAUUUGGGACGAGCAUUUUUUUCAGUUAAAACUAGUGCAGCAUCCUGAAUCUCCUGCUUGUCAUUCCGAAUUGUGUCAAUCAGAAAAAGCAGCUUACCUCUCUUAACUUGGCGCUCGGGCGCAGCACCGAUUUCAGUCUAGUGUCUGCCUGAAAGGUGUUAAAGUGAUGGAUGUCGAACGCAUUUGUUUCGCGAGGGCUCGGUCCGAACCUUUCCCCAGCUCCCGGCCCAAGUCUACCUGUCGUAUCUGGUUGUGCAGUACUGGUGAAGCGAUUAGGCAAGGAAUCCUCAUUCCUCCUUGUGCCUGCGGCCAGAAGUACAGCUUCUCCCCGCUUCUGUCCUCCCUCGCAGAAAAGGAUACUGGUGCCUGGUGGCUUGGCUGCAUUCAUCGCUGUCGUGGAGAUGCUCUAUGGCUUACUUGUUGCUAAUUUGACGAAUAGCUCUGAGGCAUCUGAGAGGAAACCGAAGCGAGGUUUGUGGUCGCUGAACCGUCUUGAGUGUUAAGAAUAGUUCGGCGCAUAGUCCGCCUUUGCCCUAAACUCACUGCAGUCAUGUUUGUUUGCAGUGUUUGCUUCUUCAGUUUUGCGCUGAAGCCAUCAGGCUCAUGUAGCUAAGCUGCGGUUUGUCUCCCAAAGCAGCUCGCCAACUUUAAAAUCUAGUUUGAUCAAACCCUGGAUUUUUUUUUUUUCCUCGUGGUGGUGGAUCACUUGCCAUCACGCAACAUCACCAUGGUGACUUCUGCUAUACGCCCAACCUACAGAGUGUAAACAGCUUUUGGACCAAUCGGAGCGCUGCUUCUGGUCAGUCUGAGCCGAUCGUCUGGUGGAGGCGUACCUCUUGUUCUGAAGUCACUUCGGCGUGUUUAAACCAUAAGAUCCUUACUCCUGCAAGGUAGCCACUGGACUCAUCUUCAUGGUUCAGCCGACUGGCUUUAAUGCCAUUUGUAUUGCUGACAGGGGGAUUAGCCUUGGCGUGAAUAUCUAAACCUGGAUCCAAAGGGAAAGUGUUACCGUUAGCUGUGUUCUGGCUGAAAUGUGUUUGGAACCUUGACCUGCUUCAUAAAACAGGCCCCUGAGUUGAGGUUUCUCAGCCACUCGGCAUGGUUUAAGUUUAGCCUCUCGGCUCCAGGGAAGGACUAAAGAAGCAAAACUUCCAACAAAAGGGGGCAAAUUGGGAUUAUUUCGCCGAACUGUUGCCUGCUGUAUGGACUACUGUUAGCUCUGCUCUCACUGUGUUUUUGUCUUUGAGUUCCACAUAUUCUAGUACUGCUUUGUCCAGGGCAAGGAGCAGGAGAAGAGCAGGAGAUGGGGAGAAGCCCCCUUUGUUCUCUCAGACAUGUGAAGGGUUUGGUGGCCUUCAGUAUCCUUCAUGAUGUCUGGGCCAGCCACGAUUGUUUCACAACACAUGGCUGACGCAGUAUUAAGAUGCAGUCUAGCCUCCGCGGCUAACAGCCGAUCGAAAGCGAUGAGGACCGCGCUCUUUUUAUUUAUUCGCUAUAUGAACAUAUUCCAGUCUUUGAGGGCUGCGCGAUGGUAAAGAAGACGAGACGAAACACCCAAGAUUGUCUUAUGUGCUGUGGACAAAGGCCCAGAUCAAAUGUUAUUGUUCUAAAAACCCAGUAUAUCUUGAUUCAUCUCAACUGCUACUAUACCAACCGCUCAUCAUGACCGUCAGUAUGUAUGCACUCUUCUGCGUUGUACAGUUCCCUUUAAAAAAGCCUUUUUCACAAGUUGGUCAAUAAUGUUUGAUGGUGAUUUUUUCCCAUGUAUGUAGUGUUAUUAACAAGUCAAUUGAAAUUUACCCAGUGGUCUGUCUUGUACUUCUUUUUAAGAUGCUAAAAGUUUUUUUUUUUAAUCAUUAUUAUUAUUUCUGAGAUCCUGUCUAAUUGCACAAGUUUGGGUUGUGUUUUUAAUAAGACUUGGGACUGCUUGGUGUCUCCAGAGUGGGAUCAAACUCAGAUCAUCCACUGUGUGCUUCUGCUAAACGGCCACAGUUGGCUGAGGAUGAUUUAUCAGCAGAGCCAAAAAGGAUUCAGUGAUGAAAGCGCAUUAAUCACUGAGGGACUGACUUGUUGUUUUUUAAUGUCCAGGUUACUAUUUCCAAUAAAGGGGGUGAAUUGGAUAUGGA